AACUAACACCCACCAUCUUGAACUGCAAGGACAGAGGAAAGACUCGUUUGAAAUACAAGAGUUAUGCCUCAAAAGGAGGAGCCGAUCUAUUGCUCACAACAAAUCAACAUUCCUCCAGAGUUGCCAGAUAUCCUAAAGCAGUUUACUAAGGCUGCUAUUCGUACACAACCGAAGGAUGUUUUACAGUGGGCUUACGCGUAAGUUUUGUCUCUUCUUUCCGAGAUAAACUUACUUCUUAUUUUGAGUUUUAAUCGGUAGACUGUUGCCACCAGCCUUUUGAAAGAGUCUCGAAUACCGUAACGAUAUUUUAACGCGAUAAACUAUCACACCAACAUUUUGGUAAGGAGGGUUGAUGGAGGUAGCCCAAAACUUAGGUCGAAUUUUUUACUCAAAUGAAUACGUUACGAAAAUAAACAUUUGGCAGUUUUUCCACUAGCGUAGUAAUACCAUUGAUCCCUGCAUCUUAAAAUAUGUAACAGGAUAUUUGAAUGGUCUUUGGGAAUUAAUUGUGUUUAAGUGUCCUCGGAAAAAAGUCAGGCAGCAGAACUCUCCCAUUUCCUUUCGACAGUAGAUAUUUGAACUGACAUAUUGUAAUACUGAUGAAGGGAAACAUUCAAUGAUACGUACAAGUAAGAAUAUCUUUUAUUGAUAAUGAACUACUCAUCAUCAGCUUCGUAUGACCUUUAAAAGAAAGUGUACGUCAUAACAUUUGCACCACAUACACGUGCAUUUAGCCAUCUUGAUUUAAAUAAAACUUGAUAUUGAUAAACUUUUAGGUACUUUGAUGCCUUGUCUAAAGGAGAGACACCCCCAGUUAAAGAACGUCUCGAGUUCCAGUUAGGGCAGCCUCUGGAAAAACCCCUUACUCAAGGCUUACUUGCAGUUUUACACAAACAGGUAUCUUAUACCAUUUGUAUUACGCUUGAUGUCAUUGAUUCAUUUUGCCAAACUUGAUUCUUAGAUGACAAUGAAGUAACUUUAAUUAAGGAUAUUUGAAAUCAUUUUUGAUAAGUUAUGAGCUUAAGUUAUGAGCUUUCAUGAACUCCAGAAAAAAGACAAAAUGUGAUGUUAAGUCAGGUGAAUUCUUCUUCCACAGGUAAUGCAAUCUUGAAAGUAUAUCAGGGAAAUUUACCUUACUAAGUGCAAGGAUCUUACUUGUGGAAGUAUCCUCUGUGCCUCUCAGCUCAGACGGUCUCUACACAAGAGAGAUCCUAGUUCUACUGCUAGGGCCAACUAUAAGCAUUUUUUGGUAAGCUGACAACAAAAAAACAUGUCGUGAGGAUGUUUUUCCUCCUGGGAUCUUCCAAAAACUCAAAUCUUCCCCUUGAUAAAAUGGCACCUUUAUCUGUGGGAUGGUUGAGUCUGAAUUUGACAGACCCUGCAUACAUGAAAUGGAUACAGUAUCCAUGACCCUACUCUUCAAAGAAUGAACAUAGGUAGCUUCCUCAAUGAAUUAUGUUACUACUGUAGACUAAAAUGUUAGAAAUACACAUCAACUCACCGUAACAUACUUUUUCUAGAUUAUCUGUUAAAUUUUAUUAUCCACUUGUAAUUACUCACCAUAAUUUGUGUAUCAGAGAACGCAAUGUUAUCCUCAUUUAUUUAUUUUUUCCCAACAGCUAGGUGGAAAGCCUGUUAUAGAGUUGUCAUCCUUGGAAGAAAAGUGGAAACAUUUGUCACUUCCUAAAGACACUCUGGAUGAGCUACUGAGGUAAUAUAAGCCUCUCUAUGUUACUCAGUGUAUUUCUAAAAAAAGUUGCCUUAACAUUUAGAAAUGACAUAGUUUGUCUCUGAGCUGUAGAGUUUGGCAGUCAGCAAUUGAACUAACUGUGUCACAAAAGAAAGGAUGAUACAUUGUUCUUCACUGUGAUGAAUGACCACAGGUUUUUUUGCAAUAUUAGUUAACCCUUUCCACCCUAACAUCAGUAUUCAUAUUCUCCAUACUGUUGUCUGUAAAUUUACUAAGGUGCUGACAAGGAGAAUUUUCUAACAAUCAAGAGUUUCUGUAGUUGGUAAUCAUUUCCUUUAUUCUCAUGACAUUAAUGUGUGAUUCAGUGGUGAUAUUGUAAGGAGAAAUUAGAUGCUAGUCACACUAAGAGGUUAAGGGGUUAAGAAACUGAUGGUGUACAUAUAUAGAGUGCAUGGAUCAAGCAAAUUAAUUUAGAUGUGUCCAUUCCUUUUCAGGUUGGGAAGUUUUGCUGAAGAACUGAAGUGGCUUCAUUUUCUGGCUCUUGCUUGCAGUGCAAUUAGUGAGGUAAAUUGUACUCAAGUUAUAUUACACCAAAUAUAUGUCUGCAUUGUCAAGAAUUAAAGCUAUUUUUAAGUAUUAAGCUUACAAAUAAAACACACUUUUAUCUGACAGCUUGUUGUUAAGUAAGUUUGCUUUUUACCAGAAAAGGAUUUGUUUCUUGAAAUCAGUAAUUGUUAGUCAAGAAUAAAUGCCUUUCAAGUGAUUGAGACUAAUCUACAACAAGCCAUGGUGCUGAUAAUUGACUCAUUUUGCAAGAAUCAAAUUGAGCUUUAAACAGCAUUAGAUAACCAUUCUGCUUGAAUUCAUCCAAGUUCGAACUUUGUGUUUGUGAAGUGAAAGCAAAAAAAGGCAUUUUAUGACGCAAAAGAGCCGGCUGAGGAGAUUUUACCUGCAUACCCUCCAUAAGUCAGUGUAAGUGGAUGUAAACAAGGUGUUGGAGCUUGGAGAGGUGAUUUCCCUCUCCCAAUUCUCCAUGCAGAAUUGCAUGUCAAUUAAUGUGCUAGAUUUGUUCCAUACAAACCAACAAAAAAGGAAUGGAUACAGAGUUAUAAGAUCAGCAAUAUUUCCAUUUCUUUACUGUAAAUUGUUUUAUGUCCUAGAAUCUUACAUUGGCUAUGAAAACAGUUUGUGAGAUUUUGACAACUGAUCUAGAAGGGGGCCCUGCAAGAAUACCAUUCUCACUGUUUAAGGAAUUGUUCACAUACCUAGCAGAGACUGAUGGAGAAAUUCCCAAGGAACAUGUUGAUGCUGUCAUUGAGCACCUAAGCUAUGACGUGUGAGUAGCAUUCAUGCUUAUUUCAAUAGUAAUAAAUGCACAUCCUGCAAAUUUCUAGUAAAUGUAUGAUAGUGGCUGGGAAGUUAAGAGUUAGAAAUGAGUGACUUGGAAAUACACUAGAGGAGUAAAAGGUUUUUCAAUGAUCUCUUUUUGGAAUGACAGUUUUCUUUGAAAAUACUUUUUAAGCCUUGUUAACUAAUUGUCCCUUGGAGUUCUUUUGAUCUUUUCAUCACUGUAAACAUGAAUCUUUAUUCAAAAUAGAAUAGUUCUAUGGCUCAACUAUGAUCUGGAUCAUUGACCAUUCUAAGAUCUACUUCCAUUUGCAAGAAGAACUACCUAAAUCUUUCCUCCAAGAAAGAAAGGAGUACAUAAGGCUCAGUAUAUAAUAUUCCCUCAAAAGUUUACCAUAUCUCUCAACAAAUUGAAUUGAACCAGAUUUAUGUUAGCUAAUGGUGAGAAAUUUUUUUUUUCAGAGACAAACAAGAAGGACAAGUCUCUCCACGCAACUUUAUGAGUGACAGUUGUCCUCCUCUUUCACCUAAUGAAAACUCAUGAAAACAAUCAUGACAUAAAAACUGAAGUACAAACUGUUUUUGUAAUAUUGGUUCAUUUUAUUCCAGCCUCAAGCUGUCAAAAAUAUGCAUUUUCAACAUAUUACAGGCUGUGUUAAUCAACAUGUACAUGUCAUAGAUACUAUCAUACACAUCCAUCUCUGGGAAAAUCCUACAUAUAUAUAUAUAUAUAUGAGGCCAGAUUAAUGUAGUAAACAAGUUGCUUAUGGCUAGAUCCUUACAGUAAUGAUAGCAGAAUGCUUUCAUGGAGCAGUGUUAGUGAAAUGUAUAUACAUGUACUAUUGUGAUCAAGAAGUAAACUUUCACUCAACUUAUGCCCUGUUGGCUCUAAAUUACUGCAUUCAAGGGCUAGCCAUACACGAGUAUCAUUAUAAGGAGAAAAAUGUGAGAUUUUGACUUCUUUUCAAACAGUA